AUGAGUUUGAUACAACUAAAUUUUACCAUCAACGCAUCGGGUAAAAUCGUUCUCGAUAGAACACUUGUAGGAAAAAAAUAUCGACUCUGGGUGCCCCAGCUACCAUCCGAAUGUAUCGAGGAAAUAGUUGAAAACCUGGUCGAAGAUCACAGGACAUUGCACUCUUGCAUAUUGGUCAGCAGACUUUGGUGUCGUAUUGGUGUGCCUAUCCUAUGGAGAUUUCCUCAAAACUUCGAGCACAAAAAUUUGUGGGCAAACAUUGUCAAACCGAUCCUGUCAUGCAUGAGUGAAGAAUCCUUGAAAUUUCUGAAGGUCAUGGGAUGUAAAAUGAUCGAUUCAAUCCAACGACCUCCGCUAUUCCGUUACAUCGAAUAUAUGCAAAAACUCACAUGUCAUGAUGUAUGUCAUAUGGCGGAGCACAUUCUUCAAGGUCGAAGUGAGAAUUCAGCGUCAUAUCAUAGCCUUCUUGUGGAAAAAUUGUACAGCUUAUUCUUGACCAAAGGGAUGAAGCUUUUAUAUUUCGGAAUUCCGAACACUUUUAUCUUUUAUCAUCGGGCGGUGAUAUCGAAAUUCUCGAAUCUGCAAGCACUCGAGUGUGACUUCGACACUGCACCAGUGUAUUUUUACGAAUUGGCAAAGUAUUGCAAAACCAUCCAGCAACUACUCAUUUUUAUAGACGAUUGUGUUCGAGAAAAUUUCGGAAAAGUUUGCUUAUAUGAACUGGGGGAGGCUAUUAAGGGUCACUCGAGUACGUUAACCUAUUUUGAAAUAUCGGGCUACAUCUGUCUCCCGGUAGAUAUCAUCAGAACAUUUGAAAACUUGAAAACGUUGGUAAUUUCGAUCGAUGCUCUUGGCUCACAGGAGUUGUUGGCCACAA